CGGUCCGGCUAGUGCCAUAGGGAACCGACCCCCGGCCAGGGCAGAUCGUCCUCUUCGCCUCGGGAAGACGCAGUCAGGAAGGUUCAGUUCAGAUCAGCUGAAGGAAUCGGAAUCACAUCCCACACACAGAGCAGAGCACAGAGGAUGGGGAAGAGCAAGAUCGCUCCCGACGCUCCCAACUCCCAGAAGUACGGCGUCCCCCUCUACGGUGCCGCUUGGGUUCCUUACAAGCACAUCAAAUCGAAGGAGGAGGAGGGAGAUGGCAAAGAAGAAGACGAUCGGAAAGACCAGCCAGAGGCCUCAGGUAAUUACGUUGUCCUCGCCGGCGGCGGCGGAGAAGGCCGCAGCGGCAUCCCCAAUGCCGUCCUCCUCGCCAACUUCGACUUCGCCUCCAAUUCUCUCUCCCCGGAGCCUGUUGCUAAGCACGUCACUGGGUCUGACUUGCCUUAUAGAUUGGCAGUCCACCCGCGAGGGGAUGGCCUCAUUUGUGCAAUGCCGAAAGAUUGCAGAUUUUUUGAAUGGGAUGAAGUUGACGCUACUGAAAAGCACAAGCUGGGGCUUAAGCCAUCUGAGAAAGUACUCAAUCAGUUGGAAGAUGUUGGGCAACAGCUAGCAUUAGUGUUCAACAAGGAUGGUUCUGCACUCGCUACAGGAGGCGAGGAUGGCAAGUUAAGAAUCUUCAAGUGGCCUAGCAUGGAUAUCACUUUCGAAGAGGGUGAAGCCCAUUCUUCUGUAAAGGACUUAGAUUUCAGCCAUGAUGGGAAACUUCUUGUCUCUUUGGGAAAUUCUGGCCCAUGUAGAGUGCGGGAUGUUACUUCCAAAACAACUGUAGCUUCUUUAUCAAAAGAAAAAGAUGAGAGAUUUGGAUUUUGCAGAUUUUCCCAACUUAAUGAAGGGACACAAGUUCUGUAUAUUACUGCAGUGACAGGUCGAGGCAGUAGUAUACUGACAUGGAACACAAGCUCUUGGAAGAGGACAGGCUCCAAACACAUAACCCGUGAUUCAAUAAAUGCAUUCAACAUUUCAGCUGAUGGAAAGCUGCUUGCAGUGGGCACUGGUGAAGGGGACAUUCUCAUUUUGGACUCUACCAGUAUGCGUGUCAGAACAUCAGUUAAGAAAGCGCAUCUGGGUUUUGUAACAGCGCUAAGCUUCUCACAUGAUUCAAGGGCGGUUAUUUCUGUAUCUAUGGACUCGAGUGCUCGGGUGACUCAAGUUGAGGAUGAGAAGGCCAGUGGAGGAUUUAGCCUGUGGUUGAUUAUAUUGAUCGUAUUGCUCGCCAUAGCUGUGUAUUUUAUGAAGAACAGAGGACUUCUAUUGCAUUAGGCAUACCUCCAGAAAGCGUAUACGUGAACUUUACUAGAACCCGAGUUACAAUACAGGUGUUGUGAAGAAUUUUUUUUUUUGGCGAGGAGAUAAAAUAAGAAAUUUAUCAAGUUUUGUCGUAAACGGUUCACUCCAUAUGUUAAACGUGACACGCUCUGCAUCGGGGACGGUUUCCUUGGUCAUGUGAUGCUGUACCGUGCUAAUGCUGGUUUCUCAGUGUAUUAUGCUUCAGAGCCAAAUUUGUUGAUCAGUCGGCCUGAAUAUCAACUGUUUUAUCUAUUGGUUGGUUUCUCAGAGUAUUA